AUGACUUUGUCCAAGCAACAGAAAAAGAUCGCGACCGACCUGACAGAGUAUGCUUCGCGACAUCGAACAACCGGCCCUUAUGCUGAUAACCUCGACGUCGAUGUUCUCAUAGUUGGUGGUGGAUUUGGGGGGGUCUUCAUGCUCAAAACCCUUCGUGAGAUGGGUCUGCGAGCCAUAAUCUACGAAGCCGGCACUAAUCUUGGAGGCACUUGGAGAUGGAAUAGAUACCCUGGGGCGCGCGUUGACUCCGAGGUUCCGGAGUAUGAGUUUUCAUGGCCCGAGGCUUUCAAGGAUUGGAUCUGGUCGACCAACUACCCCGAUUUUCAGGAGCUCCGAGCGUACUUUGACCACGUCGAUAAAGUCCUGAGCAUAUCGAAAGACUGUUCCUUCGAGACGGUUGUGGUCGGCGCCCAGUUCCAGCCCGACGAAGGUAAAUGGCACAUCAAGACUGCCGACGGCCGCCUGGCCAAGAGCAAGUACUUUGUCGUUGCUGCUGGAUUUGCUUCAAAGCGCUACAUUCCUAAUUGGCCCGGCAUCGAAAGCUUCCGCGGAAUUGUGCACCACUCCUCAUUUUGGCCCGAAGAAAAAGUAGACGUACGCGGCAAGCGAUGUGCCGUCAUCGGGACUGGUGCUUCUGGCGUUCAGAUCGCGCAAGAAUGGGGACAAGCCGUUGGUCAACACGGGGAAUUGAAAGUCUUCCAGAGGACUCCGAACUUGGCCUUGCCUAUGGGCAAGCGGCCCCUUACACCGCAGGAGCAGAAUAAUGGCAAGUCAUGGUACCCGCGCCUAUUCCACCUCCGCGAGAAAUGCUUCGGCGGAUUCGUUUACGGAAUGAUCGAGCGAGGUACAUUUGAUGAUACCCCGGAGGAGCGCGAGGCAUUUUAUAGGUCUCUAUGGGACCGCGGUGGGUUCAGGUACUGGCUCGGCAACUACAAAGACAUGCUCUCCAACGCCGAUGCAAACAAGAAAGCCUACGAUUUCUGGUCUCGGAACGUCCGCGCUCGAAUCGGAGAUGCUAGAAAGAGAGACAUCUUGGCGCCGACAGUUGACAAGAUGCCUCACUUCUUUGGCGUCAAGCGGCCAUGCCUGGAGCAGAAUUAUUACGAACAGUUCAACAAGUCCAACGUGGAUGUGAUCGACGUAAGCAAGAAUGAAAUCUCGAGUUUCUCCGAGACUGGCAUCGAGUUGAAGGACGGGACUCACUAUGAGUUCGAUGUGGUUGCAAUUGCCACUGGGUUUGAUAUCACCACUGGAGGUAUGACAAACAUGGGUCUGAGGAGCAUCAACAACACCAACCUCCAGGACGAGUGGAAAGCGGCGGCAAACACAUAUCUCGGCACGACGAUUAGUGGCUACCCCAAUAUGUUCCACCUGUAUGGACCGCAUGGCCCGACUCUUCUCAGCAAUGGACCCACGACCGUCGAGGUGCAAGGUCGCUGGAUCGCGGACUGCAUCCGCAAGAUCGAGCGGGAGCAUAUCAAGUACAUCAACCCCACCGCAGAAGCUACCAAGGCUUGGAAACAAAGGAUCAACGCCCUCAGUGAUGCGACUUUGUUCCCCACCACACGUUCGACGUACAUGGGCGGGUCGGUUCCGGGCAAGGCAUUUGAGCAGGUCAAUUUCUCAGGGGGUGUUCCGCAGUAUGCGGAUGAAAUCCGGGAGAAAUUAGACAAUUGGUCUGGUUUCGACGUCGUCAAAGAUACUCGGGGCAGAAGCAGAAUCUGA